UUAUUGUAUUUAUUGAAGCAAAUGCAGUAUACAACCGGAAGUAGUACGUUGUAGCUGAGUUCUUCUUCGCGGUUCAAAGAGGAAAGCGGGAAACAUGGAGUCCAAAAAUGGCAGCCCUCCACGCAGACGGUCGGCUAGGCUUUCUACACCAGAGGAAAAACCUGCCGUGAGAAAAACAUUCACCGUUAAGAAAAUUGUGCCACGGAAAACACAGACCUCAGAGGUUAACAAGGAGAAUGUUGAAAGACUGUCCAAUGUACCCGAGAAGAGGCCAAAAGUCUCUACACCAACACCUGCAGAGGUCCCAUCGCCCAGGCCCACCAUCCUGUCACCGAUCCUGCCCAUCCGGAGCGUCUCCCCUCCACCCUCGGCCACAGAGACGGCUCGGGAUGAGGUGUGGAGCCAGAAGGUGCGGCGCUCUUAUAGUCGCCUGAGUGGGGACGCUUCGUUCAGCAGCCCGCGGCAGCAAGGCUUGGGCUCGCCGGUGCCCUCGCGACGGGAGACUCUGUUUGGGUUUGAGGAGAUGGCGACUCCCAAGGUUAUGCGGUCCAUGUCCCUGUCUGCGUCUGCGUCAGCCCCCCAAGCUUCGUCCUCGCUGUGUGGAGUGACAUUAAACCUGUCGGAGGUGGAGGACAGCCUGAAUCGCUCGCAAGACCCCGACAUGAACAUCCCAGGUGUGGCUAUGCCGAAGAAACAGUCCAGGAAAAAGAGAGUACAGCCAAUGAAAUCAUCUGAACUAGAUGUCCUUGCUGCCCAGAUGAAUGCUGAAUUUGCUGAGGCAGAAGACUUCGAGUUGCUGGUGGAAUAGUUGGAUUGUGAUAUGUUAUGUAUAUAUUUUCUAUAUUUGUCUUGACAAACCCAUCAGUGACUAAUGUACUACAUGUAUGAUCAGUUGCUUAGCUUUGUAGUUGUUCUGUGUCUUAUAUGUUUGCAUAUUUUCACAUUUGUUAUUGUUUAUAUUGACUGUUUUUUGCAGCAUUGUCUUUAUUUUAUUAAUCACUGUGUUUGGAGGAUGUUUAAGUUUGCAUAUUAUGUAUAGAUUUAGUGAAGUUGGUCAACUUCAAUAAAUAUCCUUCUUGUACCUAAAA